CAUCGCUUGCCCUGGAUUUUCCUUUGACCGUUUAGCAGCGCCGCAAGGCCCACCAAUGGCCAUGGAAUACAUGGUGUUGCCGUACAUCUGGAUUAAACUCGUUUCGCGGCUUUCCGAGACGUGGACAUCUUCGUUCGGAUGGCGCCCGAGAGCACCCAUGUACGCCUCUACUCGUUCUAGUAAGUCCUCCAAUGGCACACUUUACUUGUUCUUGGCAACGCGGGAUGAUCAUUUUGGUGGCAGCCCUUGUAAAUAAGCACAAUGAGAGAUGGGAAGCCAAGGUACAGUCAAUGAAAUAGCUUGUACUUCGCCCUCAAGUCCCGCUUUCUGAGGCUGUCGGAUUCCCAUCUGCGCCUACUUACAUUGAGGGCAUCUCUUUGCGCCUUUCUUUGGCAGCCACUUGGUCGAGAUGCGUUGCCUCGCUACUCUCACGGCUUUCCUUCUUGCUCCAGCUGCCGUCUUUGCGGCCUGGGGCUACACGGAUGAUGGAAGGAACUAUGUCAUUGACACCAACGCAAACCUCAUCGUCAAGGUCAGCAAGACCAAUGGCGACAUGACGUCGAUCAACUACCGCGGCGUUGAGUACAAUGGUCAAAAUGGCAAAAACUCGCACGUCGAGUCUGGACUGGGCGCAGGCACCGUUACCAUUAAGCAGUACACAAGCCCGGCCAACAUCAUCAAGGUCACGGUGAACGUCGGGACGCUGGUACAUACGCUGGUAUUCCGCUACGGCAAUGCAAACGUGUACAUCUUCAUGAACAAGAAGGAUACCAGCAUCACCGUGUCACGAUACAUUGUCCGCAUACCCGGAAACAUCUUCACCAACAACCCCAACGAGGAUACUGACUGGGUUCCGGAUGGUGCUGGAGCCAUCGAGUCCGGCGACAUCAAUGGCAUAAACGGUCAAACAUGGUCGAAACAUUACUCGGGUAAACUGUACGGCCGUACAAUGGACUACGACUGGGUCGGCUAUACCAACCGCAAUGUUGGCAUGUACUUGAUUCGCUCGAACCACGAGAAAGCCUCCGGCGGUCCUUUCUUCAGGAGUCUCGUGCGUCGCGGCGGCUCCGGCGGACCAGAUCUUUAUGAUAUCUAUCACUACAAUAUGGGCCACACGGAUGUGAUGCGUUUCGGUCUUCAGGGCCCUUCGGUGCUUCAUUUCACUGACAAUGGUGCUGCGCCAAACUCCAACCUCUUUGCUCGCAAUGCAAACUGGGACUGGUUUGAUGCCCUCGAGAUCGACGGCUGGGUUCCUGCUAGCAGACGUGGCGCUGUUGCCGGCGUGGGUCUGGCCAACAUGAAGAGUGGAUUUCAGUAUGUGGUUGGCUUGAAGAGCGAUCAGGCGCAGUACUGGACUGCGACGACCGGUGCUUGGAGGAUUGGCAACGUCCUUCCAGGAACCUAUACCUUGACAGUGUACAAAGGCGAACUGGAGGUCCAUACAAGUACUGUUAGCAUUGCUGCCGGCAGCACUGCGACCCGCAACACAAUCACGUGCAACGACCCCACCGAUGUCACAGCCAUCUGGCGCAUCGGAGAGUGGGACGGAACACCCAAGGGAUUCUUGAACUUUGGAGACACACCCAUGAAGCCAACAUACAUGCACCCAUCCGACACCCGUCUUGCGAACUGGGAUGCCGGAAACUUCAUCAUUGGCACUACUCCCGUCUCAAGCUUCCCCGGAUACAUGUGGAAAGACAUCAACAACGACCACAUUGUUUACUUCCGCCUGAACGACGCCCAGCUGACCAAGGGCGUCAAGAUCCGCAUCGGAGUCACGGAAGGCCAGGCCGGUGGACGGCCCACGAUCACUAUGAACAGCUGGGCCGCAAAGCUGCAGUCGGACAAAGGACAAGGCGACACCAGGAGUUUGACCGUGGGCACCUACCGCGGCAACAACUACAUCUACGAAUUCGAUGUCCCGGCAAGUGCGUGGGUGCAGAGUACGAGAGAGUACCAGCUGUUGAAGAUUAGCGUUAUUUCAGGGAAGACGGCGUCGGGAUACCUGAGUCCUGGUGUUAGUUUCGAUGCGAUUGACAUGAUUUCUGCUUGA